GCUGGAGUGUCUGGGAGGGGAGAGUCUUGGUGAACACUGACAAAGAGAGCCAGCCCUGCUCUGGUCUCCUGAGCUCUCCUAUCAUGACAACUUACACAGACCGAGGAGAGAAGCCCCCCGGAGGCCGGUUUCUUCACUUCCACUCAAUCACCUUCUGGGUUGGAAAUGCCAAACAGGCAGCUUCUUUCUACUGUAACAAAAUGGGCUUCUCCCCAUUGGCCUACCGGGGUCUGGAGACUGGCUCCAGAGAGGUGGCAUCCCAUGUGGUGAAACAAGGCAAGAUUGUGUUCAUCUUCUCUUCUGCUCUCAACCCCGGAAACAAAGAGAUGGGUGACCACCUGGUAAAACAUGGCGAUGGGGUGAAGGACAUCUCCUUCGAGGUGGAAGACUGUGACUACAUUGUUCAGAAAGCCCGGGAAAGAGGUGCAAUCAUCGUGAAGGAGCCGUGGAUAGAACAGGACAAGUUUGGAAGGGUGAAGUUUGCCGUACUGCAGACGUAUGGAGACACUACCCACACCCUGGUGGAGAAACUGAAUUACACCGGACCCUUCCUGCCUGGCUUUUCAGCCCCUCUCUUCCAGGACCCCUUGCUUUCUAAGCUGCCAGAGUGCAAAUUGAAUAUGAUCGACCAUGUCGUGGGGAAUCAGCCUGACCAGGAGAUGGUGCCAGUAGCAGAAUGGUACACGAAGAACCUCAUGUUUCACCGUUUCUGGUCAGUGGAUGACAAGCAGGUCCAUACAGAGUUCAGCUCCCUGCGAUCCAUCGUGAUGGCCAAUUAUGAAGAGACCAUUAAGAUGCCCAUCAAUGAGCCUGCCAUGGGCAGGAAGAAGUCUCAGAUCCAGGAAUAUGUGGACUAUUAUGGAGGGGCUGGAGUGCAGCACAUUGCCUUGUCGACCCCUGAUAUCAUCUCUGCGAUUACCCAUCUGAGAGCUCGAGGCACAGAGUUCCUGAGUGUCCCCUCCACCUACUACAAGCAGCUCCGGGAAGGGCUCAAGUCGGCCAAGAUCCACGUGAAGGAAAACUUAGACAAGCUGGAGGAAUUGAAGAUCCUGGUGGAUUAUGAUGAGAAGGGCUAUUUGCUCCAGAUUUUCACCAAGCCCAUCCAGGACAGGCCCACAGUCUUCCUGGAGGUGAUCCAGCGCCACAACCACCAGGGCUUCGGUGCCGGCAACUUCAACUCCCUCUUUAAGGCAAUUGAGGAGGAGCAGAACAAUCGGGGCAACCUCACCAGCACCGACCAGGCUCCCAACGGCCUGGGCUUCGCCAUGUAGAGAGGGGCCCUGAGGGCAGGGCCUGCCUCCUGCUGUCUGUGGCCCCUAGGCCUGGCCUUGGGUGAGGCCCCACCAGUUACUUGUGAAUGGAUCCAGGCCCAUUGGGGCCAAAGGGCCAAGGAGGCUGGAAGGCACCCGGGAGGGGCUGGCCCAGGUCCCGGCUUCUCCCCCAGAGCCUAUGGGGCCAGCCAGGGGUCAGGGGAAAUAAUAAAGUGCAUUAGACCAUG